GCACUAAUAGGCGGCACUGACUGGCACUGAUUGGCAGCACUGAUAGGUGGCACUGAUUGACAUUGAUAGGUGGCACUGACUGGCACUGAUGGGUGACAUUGAAAGGCAGCUCAGAUGGGCACUGAUAUGUGGCAUUGAUGUGCACUGGUAUGCACUGAUAUGUGGCAUUGCUGUGGCACUGAUGGGCACUGGCACGUGGCACUUCUGGGGCCACACUGAUCAUCAGGGCACACUGAUCAUCAGUGCCCUGAUGAUCACUGCAUUAAAACUGGGAGAGAGUAAACAGCAGGACACUGAUCCUCCCAGUGAAUGGCUGUGCAGGGGGCAUGUCAGCAGAAGUCUGAUCAUUGGA